AUGGGUGGUGGAAAUUUCAAUGAUGAAGAGAAAGCGAUUGUUGCGGCUGUGUUAGGAACUAGAGCAUUUGAUUACCUGAUUGCGAGUUCCGCCGGGAAUGAAUGCUCAUUAACUUCAUCAGCAAACGAUGAUAAUUUACAAAACAAGCUCUCAGAUCUCGUAGAUAACCCUAAUUCCGGUAAUUUCAGUUGGAAUUACGCUAUUUUUUGGCAAAUCUCCCGUUCAAAGUCCGGCGAUUUGGUUCUAGUUUGGGGGGAUGGGUCUUGUAGGGAGCCUAGAGAAGGAGAAGAGUUUGAAAUCGCUCGAAUUUUAAGCAUCCGAUUAGAAGACGAAAACCAACAGAGAAUUAAGAAAAGAGUCCUUCAAAAUCUGCAUGUUUUGUUCGGCGGAUUAGAUGAAGAUAAUUACGCUUUUGGAUUAGACAGAGUUACAGAUACCGAGAUGUUCUUCCUCAUCUCCAUGUAUUUCUCCUUCCCACAAGGACAAGGAGGCCCCGGCAAAUGUUUUUCUUCCGGCAACCACUUAUGGUACUCCGAUGCUUUAAGAUCCACCUCCGAUUACUGUUUCCGAUCAAAUCUCUCAAAAUCUGCAGGCAUUCAGACUGUCGUCUUAAUUCCAACAGACGUUGGGGUGCUUGAAGUUGGAUCGAUUCGUUCCAUACCUGAAAACAUUGAGCUCUUGCACUCCGUCAGAUCAUCCUUCUCCUCAAAUUCAAACACUUCUCUAGUGUCUCCGUUGUUAUCAAAGCUUUUCAACCAGGACAUGGGAUUAAGCUUGGGGCAGCCUCAAUUUAGAGAAAAACUCACAGUCAGGAAACCUGAAAACCAUCAACCAUUCCCAAAAAUCGAGAAUCCACAAAUCCUGAUUUCAAAUUCAAGAAACAGAAUAACAGGUUCGAAUUGGGCACAAUUCAGCACCCUUCCAAACCCAGCAACAGAAAUGCAAAUCGACUUCACAGCCACAGCCACAGGUGCAGCGUCUCGACCUGUGAGUGGUGAUUCCGAGAUUUCAGAUGUUGAAGCUUCGGGCAGGGAAGAAAUGGCUAUCACUGCCCGAACAGAUGAUAAACGGCCUAGAAAACGUGGCCGGAAACCGGCAAAUGGAAGAGAAGAACCGUUGAAUCAUGUAGAAGCGGAAAGACAGAGGAGAGAGAAACUGAACCAGAGAUUUUAUGCUUUACGAGCUGUUGUCCCUAAUAUUUCAAAAAUGGAUAAAGCUUCGUUAUUAGGAGAUGCAAUUGCUUACAUAACCGAUCUUCAAAAGAAGCUAAGAGAGAUGGAAUCUGAAAGAAGCAGCACAUCAUCCAUGGAUACACCUAACAACAGUGGCUUAAAUCCACAGAAAAUUGAAAUUGAAGCAGGUGAAGAUGAAGUAACAGUAAGAGUGACGUGUCCUUUAGAUACGCAUCCGAUGUCUAAAGUGAUUCAAGGAUUCAAAGAAGCUGGGAUUAGGGUUCUUGAAUCGAAGAUGGGUGCAGGGAAUGAUAAAGUGUUUCAUGUGUUUGUGGUAAAGUCUGAGGGAUCUGAAGAACUGACAAAGGAGAAGUUGAUGGCUGUGUUUUCGAAGGAAUCAAGUUCUUCUUUACAUUAG